AUGUUUCAGUACGCACUUUUUGGCGAAGUUGGUCGUCGUAACCUUGCUAUCUUCGCCUGCGAGGGAAUGGAUUACGAUCCACUUUUCGAUGAAGAGGCUUACAGCCUUACACAAUCAUCCGAAGAAUCUCAGCAUAGUCAAGAUUCUCAACGUGGAAUGGAUUACGAUCCACUUUUCGAUGAAGAGGCUUACAGCCUUACACAAUCAUCCGAAGAAUCUCAGCAUAGUCAAGAUUCUCAACGUGGUACUGCGAUCUAUCCUUUCUCAGAAAGGGAAACAGAUCUCAUCUUGGACAGUUACGUAGAAAACUACGAAAUUUACCACCAUGCGAUCUCAGGCGGCUCGAGGCAAGGGGUACCUGCAAAAAAACGUUUCAUCAGCCAGUUGACUGAAGAAGUAAAUGCGCUGGGAUUCGCUAGGAGGACGGAGAAACAAAUAGACCAAAAGAUCAGGGAUGAAAUAAAAACAUUGAAGAAAUAUGGUAAUGCAUUGAGCGCAGCGCCAUCGACAGGACUUUCCACAGGGCCCUCGACAGGACCAUCGACAGCACCAUUGGCAGGACCCUCGGCAGCCCCCUCCGCAGCAUCGUCGGCUCCUCAUCCUGUAAGGCGGGCCCCCUCGAAAGAGGAGCUUCUCAACAUGGAAAUGGCCAACAUGGUUCUGAAGCAGGACCUCUACGAGAAGAAACAUCGUCUUGCUGAUCUCCAGAUUGAGUACUGGACGAAAAGGAUCGAGAGAUUGGGUUGA